UGUUGUUCAGCUCGGUAACAGCUAGCCGCUAGCAGCUAACACUACCUGAAGAUGCCUUCAGACUGAGCGACGCUCGCGCUGCUGACCUUUCACCUGGCGAUGGUAGUUAUCUCGGGUUACCUGUAAUUAACCCGGGUUAGCGGUAACGCUCCGGGAUUUAUGUCCUCGUUGUAGAGGACGGGCUUGCUAGCCACUUAGCUCCGUUAGCAUGUUCCAGCUAACCGGCCAGUGUUAUUAACGUUAGCUGUUAGCUUCUGUUUAAUAUAGAGAUAGCUAGCUUGUCUUUGUGUUGUCGUGUUAGCUGAGCUGUUCGCUUGUGUUAUGUUUCAGACAGGCUGCUAAUGUGGCUAAAUGUCUGUUUAAUGAUUCGGUUCUUUAAGCUAACAGCUAGUUUAAGCUAACGUUAGCUGUUAGCUGGAGCUAACGGGGGUCUGAUGCCUUUGUUUCGGUCCGGAGCGGGUUUACGGUGUGAGGUUAGCUCUGUUAGCUCCGUUAGCAGGUAGAUCCCGCACAGACACACCAGCCUGUUUUGUUUUUAAUGUUUUACCGUUGGACUGUAGCUGAUGCUAAGCUAACAGGUAACUCGGCAGCAGAGCUUCUUUGUGGGACCUGCCAGCUGUUUCCCGACAUGCAGCUGGCGGCUCCUCCAGCUGUUUAGUGACCUUGGACUCGUCUUCAUCAUCAUCAGGACCUAGCUGGGUCAGUAUGGCCCUCAGACCAGGCUGCAGGCAGAGCCGCUGCAAACCUUUCCUCUACCUGCUUAUCCUGUCAGGAUGCAUCGCUGCGUCUCAGAGCAACGACAACGUCUACGUGUCGGGGAUUUCUAACGCCUGUGGCGAGGUGGCGGAGCUCCUGCGGGCGUCCAGCGGCGUGAUCACCAGCCCCGGAUGGCCCUUCCAGUACCCGGCCAGACUGAACUGCAGCUGGAACAUCAGGGCUCGGCCCGGGGACGCCAUCACCAUCAGCUUCCAGGACUUUGACCUCCAAGGUUCCCACCGUUGCUCCUCGGACUGGAUGUCCAUCAGCAGCUACAGGAACCUGGACGGGCUGCGGGUCUGUGGUUCCUCCCUGCCGCCGCCAUACAUCUCCUCCCAGGACCACGUCUGGAUCCACUUCCGCUCGGAUGACAGUCUGACGGGGAAAGGCUUCAGACUGUCCUACAUCGCUGGUAAGCCAGAGGCGCCCAGCUGCGACGUGGACCAGUUCCACUGCUCUAAUGGGAAGUGCGUCCCGGACUGGUGGCGCUGUAACUCCAUGGACGAGUGCGGGGACAACUCGGACGAGGAGCUGUGUGUGGACUCGCCGUUCUCCUUCCAGCCCUGCAGCCUGAACCAGUUCCCCUGCCUGUCCCGCUACACCCGGAUCUACACCUGCCUGCCGCACAGCCUGCGCUGCGACGGCAGCAUCGACUGCCAGGACCUCGGGGACGAGAUCGACUGUGAUGUUCCCACUUGUGGAGAAUGGUUGAGGAACUUCUACGGUUCCUUCAGCUCUCCAAACUACCCAGACUUUUACCCCCCAGGAAGUAACUGCACCUGGCUGAUCGACACCGGAGACCACAGGAAGGUCAUCCUGAGGUUUACAGACUUCAAACUCGAUGGUACGGGUUACGGCGACUACGUGAAGGUAUACGACGGCCUGGAGGAGAACCCUCGCCGUCUCCUCAGGGUGUUGACCGCCUUCGACUCCAGAGCGCCGGUCGCUGUGGUGUCAUCGUCUGGUCAGCUCCGAGUUCACUUCUACGCUGACAAGAUCAACGCCGCCAGAGGUUUUAACGUCACUUACCAGGUGGACGGGUUCUGCCUGCCAUGGGAGGUUCCCUGUGGGGGGAACUGGGGCUGUUACACAGAGCAGCAGCGCUGUGACGGGUACUGGCACUGUCCCAACGGUCGGGACGAGCUGAACUGUUCUUCGUGUCAGGAGGACGAGUUCCCCUGUUCCAGAAACGGAGCCUGUUACCCUCGAUCAGACCGCUGCAACUACCAGAACCGCUGCCCCAACGGUUCUGACGAGAAGAACUGCUUCUUCUGCCAGCCGGGAAACUUCCAUUGCAAGAAUAACCGCUGUGUGUUCGAGUCGUGGGUGUGUGACGCUCAGGAUGACUGUGGCGACGGCAGCGACGAGGAGAGCUGUCCCGUCAUCGUUCCCACCAGGGUCAUCACCGCCGCCGUCAUCGGCAGCCUCAUCUGCGGCCUGCUGUUGGUCAUCGCCCUCGGCUGCACCUGCAAACUUUACUCGCUGCGCAUGUUCGAACGCAGGUCAUUUGAGACCCAGCUGUCUAGGGUGGAGGCGGAGCUACUGAGGAGGGAAGCCCCACCCUCUUAUGGACAGCUGAUCGCCCAGGGACUGAUCCCGCCUGUGGAGGAUUUUCCAGUGUGCUCAGGGAACCAGGCGUCCGUCCUGGAGAACCUGCGCCUGGCUGUGCGCUCUCAGCUCGGCUUCACCUCCCUGAGACUCCCCUCUUCCGGUCGUCAUAGCAACCUGUGGCGCCGCCUCUUCACCUUUUCGCGGUCGCGGCGUUCUGGUUCUUUGGCUCUGGUCUCUGCUGACCUGGAGGACAGCGCUGGGAGCACCGGAAGUUCAGGUUCUGACCUUCUGUCUCCGGACUCAGACGACACGGACACAGAGGGCGAGCGAGUGAGGGAGCGAGGCGUGGGCGCCGUGGGCGGCCCCGUCGCCCCCCUCCCUCAGAAAACCCCACCUUCCACCGCCGUGGAGGCCGUGGUUUCUGUGACAACAUCCGCAACCUCCGUAAACCUGACGCCCACCCACGACCGAGGACACAAUAGGCCCAGAGAGGCCCCGCCCCCCUCCAGAUCUGUUACAGUGAUAACCUCCAGUCCAGAUCCUGAACUUCACAGCGACACCUCAGAACUACAGGCUCCGCCCACCUCCACUCUCCAGCGACUGGCCCAGAACCUUCAUCGCCUUGCCAGGAACCUGACCAGAACCAGCCAGAACCUGCAAGACCAGACUUGGACCAAUCACAGUCCACUUCGCCAUCUGGAGACAGGAAGAGGCGGGACGGAGGCCAGCGAGCGGCGCGGAAGCAGAGAAGAGGAAGAAGACGUGGAGCUCCUGAUCCCCGUCUCCGACUCUGACUCCUCCUCCUCCUCAUUGGUCAGCGACGUGCGACAGCCGCUGCUGGAGCCACACCCCUCCUCUAACACAGGCCACGCCCCCCGCAAUCACCGUGUAAACGGUGGUCGAGGAGGGCGGGAUGGCCCCUGCGAACACUGCGGGAUGGUCCACACGGCUCAGAUCCCUGACGUCUGUCUGGAGGCCACCGGCAAGACUGAGAGCAGCGACGAUGAGCUGCUGCUGCUCUGCUAACAGGCUAACUGACGGGCUAAUACUGCUAACACAACACCUACAGCUAGCUAACAUGCUAACUGACAGGUUAAUGCUAAUAAUACCCAAAACCUACUGCUAGCUAACAUGCUAACUGAAAGGUUAAUACUAAUAAUACCCCAAACCUACUGCUAGCUAACAUGCUAACUGACAGGUAAAUACUAAAAAUACCCAAAACCUACUGCUAGCUAACAUGCUAACUGACAGGUUAAUACUAAUAAUACCCAACACCUACAGCUAGCCUAUGCUAACCUCUCUCAGUGCCAGCAGGAUAACACUUCAGACUAGACUACAGCUAGCCAACAUGUUAACAGAUUAUACUGGACUACAGCUAGAAGCAUGCUAACACCUCAGACUGAACUAGCCAUUGUGUUAACACUUGACACUGAGCUACAGCUAGCCAACAGGCUAACAGUUCCAAAUGGAUUACAGCUAGCCAUAAUGCUAGCACUUCGACUGGACUAAAACUAGGGAUUAUCUAGCACCUGUUAGCAUGUCAGCUGGAUUUAAGGUUAGCUCUCAGUGAUGUCUGAGAUGAACAGACCAAUCAGAGACUGAGGCGAGUGAUGUCACUGAUUGAAUUCUGAUGUUAUGAAACUCUCAGCUGUUAUUCCCCUGGUCCGUCCGUUAAAACGCUCCCCUCCUCCCCGCAGGCAGACGUCCUGCUAGGUACGACUUCAUGAACACUGACUUCCUCCUCAUUGGUACGACGGUAAAAUGUGUCCUGACAGAACAAACUGAACUUUAAACUCUGAUCCAGAUGAUCUGAUCCAGGAACCCUCUCUGCCUCUGAACCAGGACCAAGUUGGACUCACGAUUUAAAUGGUCCCCCCUCUGUGCUGGUUGGUGAGGGACGUGUGACCGACGGAGGUAGCCAAAGAUAGCAGCUAGCAGGCUAGUUUUUUAGCCUAGCCUAGUGACGCUUGCUAAGUUGGUUCUCUGUUCACCAAAUUAAACUCAAAGGUCCUCUAACGAUAACAAGCUUUUUUGGAGCUUUCGACCGGAUCAUCAGAUAUGAUAAGGACACCUGUUACCUGCAGUAUUUAUAAUAUACGCAGUUCUUCGUUACACCUUCCUGUGUUUAUAUAUCUGUUCCUGAUUAUUGGCAUUAUCAGCAGUUGCAGGUCAGAGGCAGCGAGCAGUAGAACAUUUAUUCCCACUUCCUGUAUCGGUCCUUGCCGCCGCGUUUACUGAAAAUAAAGCACAACAACACGAGUCAUCAUUUUUAUACUAGACAGCAGUUUGCUAGUGAUUGAUGCUAAUGCUAGCUGGGCUACCUCCCAGGUCAUGUGACCCUGAUCACACUCAUCAUAGCGGACUGCACAUGGUUCAGGUUCCCUUCUGGUUCCCUCCUGGUGUUUAACUUUCUACCUGUUCGGUUCUCUGAACAUGUUCUUGAUCUCUAUCGGAAUGUGUCUGUAGACUCUACAGGAACGUUCUGGGUCCGUAGACUCUACGGGAACGUUCUGGGUCCGUAGACUCUACGGGAACUGAUCCAUAGUAACAUUCUGGUUCUCUCGACUCUACAGGAACGUUCUGGGUCCGUAGACUCUACGGGAACGUUCUGGGUCCGUAGACUCUACAGGAACAGAUCCAUAGUAACAUUCUGGUUCUGUAGACUCUACAGGAACGUUCUGGGUCCGUAGACUCUACAGGAACAGAUCCAUAGUAACGUUCUGGGUCCGUAGACUUUACGGGAACGUUCUGGGUCCGUAGACUCUACAGGAACAGAUCCAUAGUAACAUUCUGGUUCUGUAGACUCUACAGGAACAUUCUGGGUCCGUAGACUCUACAGGAACAGAUCCAUAGUAACGUUCUGGGUCUGUAGACUCUACAGGAACGUUCUGGGUCCGUAGACUCUACAGGAACAGAUCCAUAGUAACAUUCUGGUUCUGUAGACUCUACAGGAACGUUCUGGGUCCGUAGACUCUACGGGAACGUUCUGGGUCCGUAGACUCUACAGGAACAGAUCCAUAGUAACAUUCUGGUUCUGUAGACUCUACAGGAACGUUCUGGGUCCGUAGACUCUACAGGAACAGAUCCAUAGUAACGUUCUGGGUCCGUAGACUUUACGGGAACGUUCUGGGUCCGUAGACUCUACAGGAACAGAUCCAUAGUAACAUUCUGGUUCUGUAGACUCUACAGGAACAUUCUGGGUCCGUAGACUCUACAGGAACAGAUCCAUAGUAACGUUCUGGGUCUGUAGACUCUACAGGAACGUUCUGGGUCCGUAGACUCUACGGGAACGUUCUGGGUCCGUAGACUCUACGGGAACUGAUCCAUAGUAACAUUCUGGUUCUCUCGACUCUACAGGAACGUUCUGGGUCCGUAGACUCUACGGGAACGUUCUGGGUCCGUAGACUCUACAGGAACAGAUCCAUAGUAACAUUCUGGUUCUGUAGACUCUACAGGAACGUUCUGGGUCCGUAGACUCUACAGGAACAGAUCCAUAGUAACGUUCUGGGUCCGUAGACUUUACGGGAACGUUCUGGGUCCGUAGACUCUACAGGAACAGAUCCAUAGUAACAUUCUGGUUCUGUAGACUCUACAGGAACAUUCUGGGUCCGUAGACUCUACAGGAACAGAUCCAUAGUAACAUUCUGGUUCUGUAGACUCUACAGGAACAUUCUGGGUCCGUAGACUCUACAGGAACAGAUCCAUAGUAACAUUCUGGUUCUGUAGACUCUACAGGAACAGAUCCAUAGUAAUGUUCUGGGUGUAUAAAGAGAAAACAAAAUAUAGGAAUUGAAACAACCAUUCAUGUGUUUGAAAGGUCAGAGGUCAUGAGUCAUGUUUACACUUCAUAUUAAACAUAAAGGACUCAGCGAUCCAGACUGGACCAGGUUCAGAACCUAAACCAACAGAACGAGAUGGUCUGAGGGUUCAGUUCAAUCUGGACACAUUUACAAAGUGACAUCAAAGUUCUGGAUUCUGAACAUUUUAAUCCUUCCUGCUCCUCCUGUUCAGACUGACCCUCUCAGUUUUUGGUACUCGGCUCUUCGCUGACUCGUGUGACUGUAUAUUUAUUAUUAUUAUUAUUGAUAAUGUGGUUGUUGUUACUAUUAUUUGUCAUUGUUGUUGUUGUUGUUGUUGUUGUUGUUGUUGUGUUUCUCUGCCCGGCAUGAUUCCAGUCGUUGCUGUUAGUUUUCUUUGAGUCUGUAAAGUGUGAAACGGCACUAAAGAUUAAAGGUUCACUUUCA